GGGCGGGGCCAUAGUGACCGUUGAGUUUGACAGCGCUAAGGACGGAGCGGCCGGCAGGCAUUGUUGACUGCUGCUCAGAUUUGUUUGAAAACGGACUGGAAGUUUUGCUCGAACAACUGUCUUUUUGUUUAGAAGCAUGAGGAGGCGAAACAGCAGCAACGCCAGCAGGAGAAGCUCGACGAUUAGGAGACGCAGUGAGAACUUGCGUUUUGAUGAAUUCGGCUUUGCUCUUACUAAACGGAAGGACCAGAAACUUCAUCACCGAUGUCACGACUACAGCUACCCCGAAAUGAGCUCGGUGAGGGUGAAAGAGCUGUGUGAGCUGCUCAGCUACUGGAACGGAGCCAGCUUUAUCUGCAAGAGCCAGAUUGAGCGAUUUGUCAGGAUGGGUAUACCUCCAAGCCUGCGAGGUAGAGUGUGGAAGUGUCUUCUCACCAUUGACAGUCUGAGAGAAACCAGUGACUUCAACUAUGAGAAGUGCUUAUCUGAGGUGCGAGGGCCCCUGGUGGACUUGGGAGUUAGUGAGUAUGGCAUCCUGUCGGCAAUCACCACACUGAGUGAGACUCAGAACGACCUGGGUUUGAACCAGCAGCAGCCGUCCAGUGGCCCUGAGCCCAGAUACUCUGUAGAUGACAUCACACUCUUCAGACAAAUCGCUCUGGACCUACAGCGUUCCUUCCCAACCCACCGUUCUCUGAUGGGGGAGAGCCCAGAAGCCAUCGAGGGUCAGGCUAAGCUCUUCAGAGUCCUUAUUGCCUAUGCCAAAUACAGCCCGCAGGUUGGAUACAGCCAAGGGAUGUCCUACAUUGCUGCAGUGCUGCUGAUGCAGUUGGCAGAGGAGGAGGCGUUUUGGGCUCUGACAGCAUUGUUGGAUAAACCCAAAUAUCUGGCUGAACUGUUUGACCUCAGUCUCACCAAGGUCCAACAUCAGGUGAAGGUGUUUGACCAGUUCCUGAAACACAGAAAACCCAAGCUCUCUCAGCACAUGGAGUCAGUAGGAGUCUUAUCAGUCCACUUUGUGAUGCCAUGGUUCCUCACGCUCUUCUCUUCCCUGCCAUGCUGGGACUCUGUCCUCGCUGUCUGGGAUCUCAUAAUUAUGCAAGGCCUGUCAGCUGUGUUCCGCACUGCUCUGACAAUCAUGGAGCUCCUGGAGCCUCGACUGAUGGACCUGAAUGAUGAGGGAGCGGUAUUACCUCUGCUGCUGAGAGUACCUGUUGAUGUGGCCCAGUACACUGUGUUGGUUCCUGCCCUGUGGAGAACUGAGGUGCAAGACUGGGAGCUUAAAUGUAUGAACAGUCUGGUGUUGGAUGAGAGCCACCAUGGAUCCAAAACAGACCAGAGUGAACAGCAGAAGGCCACAGUGUCAACUCAAGUCAGCAGAGGGACAGAAAAAGAAAAUGUCUCAACACCUUCAGAAGGAGAGAAACUACCUGAGAAAGAUUCAGUAACUAGGGCAAAAGGUGUACUGACACGGGUGAUGCGUCUGGCCCAGCGAUACCUGUUGGACCCAAUGGGUAGACAAAGGGCCGGAGAGAAAGCUUCUCAAACUCAGACAAGGUCCAGACAGCGUAGUCCUGCACCUGGACGAGUGUUAAGAAGUCGGACCUCAGCUUCACUAACACAGGCUCAGAUCAGAUCCAGGAGGCGGAGCCAUCACAGAGGCGGAGCACAGCGGACAACAGUGCAGGGGAGCAGUGGUGAUGUCACCAUUGCUCCUGUCAGUGUGGCAGAUACAGCUGGUAACAUGAAAACUGACAGAUCAGAACAACCCUUCAGGAGGACAGGUACAGGACCUGCUGGCAUGGUGGCACAUCGUCGUAGCAACCACAGCCUGGUCCAGCCCAUCAGACACAAGUCCCUCCGUAUUCUGCGAUGUGACAAGAACCCGCCGAGCCAAACGCCUCCCCCCUCCACUAUCCUCCCCCCAUCCCUUCGUUCCUCUACUCUUCCUCCAUCUUCCUCCAUCUCACUUUCAAGUCCUCCACCAUCCAGUGCUCCUCAGAGCAAGGAUCAGCAGAAGCAGCAAGACUCGCCAAGGACAGCUCUCAUCAAGGAGUUGUCUUCCAGACAUCAGACCAGUGUCCCAUUCAGGAACACCAGAGAGUCCAAGCUGAUCUGACACUGAAGGAGGGAGAGGAACAUGAUGGAACAAGUGAAGUGAUUAAAAGCAGUAAAUGUUCACAUUAAGGAUGAAAUCACAAUAGUCAGUUAAGUAAAUCAGGUGAUGUUGUUUGGUCUGGGACCCUGAUGAGUAACUAACCCACACAAAGACUCAAAAUCACUGCAAAUGUCAUGUAGGGAUCUACAGGGUCUGCACAGGGUCCAUAAUGUAGGAAUCCAGAACUGCAGCUAAUCUGAAGAUGCUGCUCAAGUUACUUAGAGCUGUAAAACCAGAUUUUUACCUGAGCAUUAAGCCUUAUGAACAGAGAUGCAUUUUUAUUUCAUUUUCAUUUGAAGUCCAUGUAUGACUUGUGUGCACACAGUCAUGCAGAUAUGUUAGAUACUAGUUUGCGCUGCACUGAUGCUGUUUUUUUUUUUUAGUUGAGCCAUAAAUGCUUAACCAUGACUCUGUUUUUAUUGUCUUUCAUAGUUGGAACUAAUAAAACAUUGAUAUUCUUUUAAA